AUGUAUUUGAAAGAAGGAUGCUCCCUGCUGCUAAAAGUUCACAAACCAUCAAGACCAUUUGUGCUCAACACAAACCCAAUUCUCAAUUCAAACCCUAAACCCCAAAUGGAACCCAGCCAAGCCUUUCUUGAAGAGUAUGAUGUGUUGCAGAGGUUAAGACACGAGCACCACAUAGCGUCGGCAUUAGAAUACUUUAGGUCCAUUUCCAAUUCAAGAGCUUUCAAGCACACCCCAUUAACGUACGAGGCCAUGAUUGUGAAGCUUGGGAGCCAAUGUGAAAUGGAUGGUGUGCAGUACCUAUUGAACCAAAUGAAAUUGGAGGGACUUGGCUGCUCUGAGGAGUUGUUCAUAAGUGUGAUCAACUCUUAUAGGCGAGCUGGGUUGGCUGAGCAGGCGUUGAAAAUGUUCUAUAGGAUAAGAGAAUUUGGAUGCAAACCAACGGUCAAGAUUUACAAUCACCUCUUGGAUGCAUUGCUUAGUGAGAAUAGGUUUCAGAUGAUUAAUCCGAUAUAUAGUAAUAUGAAGAAAGAUGGGAUGGAGCCAAAUGUGUAUACAUAUAACAUUCUUUUGAAGGCGUUGUGUAAAAAUGAUAGAGUGGAUGGUGCUCACAAGUUGCUUGUUGAAAUGUCGAAGAAGGGAUGUUCUCCAGACGCGGUGAGCUAUACGACUGUAGUGUCUGCUUUGUGUAGAGUUGGAAAGGUAGAAGAAGCCAGGGAGCUUGCUGUUAGGUUUGAUCCCAUUGUGCCUGUUUAUAAUGCUGUGAUAAAUGGGGUAUGCAAAGAGUGCAAAAUUGAGGAGGCUUUGGAAUUGUUGGUUGAAAUGGUGGAUAAAGGAAUAGACCCUAAUGUUAUCACAUACUCAACGAUUAUUAAUUCUCUUUCUGAUAUGAGGAACGUUGAGUCUGCUCUUGCAGUUUUGGCUCAAAUGUUUGUGAGAGGAUGUAGUCCUAAUAUUCACACAUUUACUUCCUUGAUAAAGGGUUAUUUUCUAGAAGGGAGAGUCCAUGAAGCUCUUGGCUUGUGGAAACGCAUAAUUCGUGAGGGAUUUGUGCCCAAUAUUAUUGCAUAUACUAGUCUGAUACAUGGUUUCUGCUCCAAUGGGAAAAUGGGUGAUGCUGUAUCUGUUUUACAUGAGAUGGAGAGAAAUGGCUGCCCUCCAAAUGUGACCACAUAUGGCACUCUUAUUGAUGGCUUUGCAAAAGCUGGUAACCUUGUUGGUGCAUCUGAGACUUGGAACAAUAUGAUGAACCAUGGUUGCCGUCCUAAUGUCAUAGCAUAUACCUGCAUGGUGGAUGUUCUUUGUAGGAAUUAUAUGUUUCAUCAAGCUCAAUGUCUUGUGGAAAAUAUGACCGCUGAAGGUUGUCCUCCAAAUACAGUUACAUUUAAUACAUUUAUCAAAGGGUUAUGUGGCGAUGGAAAGGUAGAUUGGGCUGUCAAGAUGCUUGAUAAGAUGGAGAAGCAUGGGUGUUUUCCUAACAUUACAACAUAUAAUGAGCUAUUGGAUGGUCUCUUCAAGGUGAAUAGAUUCAAAGAAGCAUUUGGACUUGUUAAGGGGAUACAAGAAAGAGGGAUGGAACUGAAUUUGGUAACUUACAAUACCAUUUUGAAUGGUUUUUGUCAAGCUGGAAUGACCAUGGACGGUAUGCAGCUUUUCGGCAAAAUGCUGGUAGGGGGAACAAAGCCUGAUGCCAUCACAUAUAACAUAAUUAUAUAUGCCUAUUGUAAGCAAGGUAGGAUAAGCACCGCUACUCAGAUUUUCAACAGUAUUGGUGCGGCAAAGGAGUGGCAGCCAGAUGUAAUAGCUUACACCAGUCUUCUGUCUGGGAUUUGUAAUUUGAUAGGUUUAGAUGAAGCCAUGGUUUAUCUUCAUCAGAUGAUAAGGGAAGGGAUCUGCCCCAACAUUGGCACAUGGAAUGUGUUAGUGCGGUGUUUCUUUAGCAGUUUAGGUCAGUUGGAGCCAAUCUACAUACUGGACGAUAUACUUCGCAAUGGAUAA